UUGCAGCUUUAAGAGCCGAGUCUGCGCACUGAAGGACCGAGUUUAGUGGCUGAUCUGCAGUGAAAAUAAACCAGAAAAAAACAGGGAAUGAAGGAGCAUCGUUCUACCCAUCGUUCUUCUAAUAAAGACAGGACCUGAAGACUGGGAAACAGGAGAAGAAUUAAAAAAAUCCAACUGCACACGCACAGAGGGAGGAAUAACGGGAUCAGGCAUGGCUGGGAUGGGAGGAAAGAGAAGGAAAGCUGGGCUCCCAGGUUUCUGCUGGAAAACCUGCUAUUUUCAUAUAUUAUUCUGGGUAGUCUCAGUGUGCGGAGAGGAGAAGACCUUCAUCGUGGAGACAUGGCUGAAGAACUACGGCUAUCUUCUCCCGCACGACAUCCGGACAUCUGACCUGCGGUCCGAGAAGGCCAUGCAGUCUGCCGUCGCUGCCAUGCAGCGUUUCUAUGGGAUACCUGUGACAGGUGUGCUGGAUCAGACAACGAUAGAGUGGAUGAGAAAGCCUCGGUGCGGAGUGCCGGACCACCCUGGGAUCAGCCGGAGAAGGAGAAAUAAACGCUAUGCGCUGACAGGACAGAAGUGGAGACAGAAACACAUCACCUACAGCAUACAUAACUACACCCCCAAGGUGGGAGAGCUGGAGACACGGAAAGCUAUCCGGCAAGCUUUCGAUGUGUGGCAGAGGGUGACCCCGCUGACGUUUGAGGAGGUCCCGUAUCACGAGAUUAAGAGCGAGAGGAAGGAGGCAGACAUCAUGAUCUUCUUCGCUUCGGGUUUCCAUGGAGACAGCUCUCCGUUUGACGGGGAGGGGGGGUUUCUGGCCCAUGCCUAUUUCCCGGGUCCGGGGAUCGGAGGCGACACGCACUUCGACUCAGACGAGCCGUGGACUCUGGGGAACGCAAAUCACGACGGUAACCGUGGAAAUGACUUGUUUUUAGUGGCAGUCCACGAGCUGGGCCAUGCCCUGGGCUUAGAGCACUCCAACGAUCCCAGCGCCAUCAUGGCUCCCUUCUACCAGUACAUGGAGACGCAGAACUUCAAGCUCCCCCAGGACGAUCUGCAGGGCAUCCAGAAGAUCUAUGGCCCUCCUGCUGAGAUGCUGGAGCCCACCAGGCCCUUGCCUACUCUACCGGCCCGUCGAUCCCACACCAACUCGGAAAGGAAACAUGACCGGCAGUCCAGGCCUCCGCGUCCUCCCUCGGGGGACAGGCCCCACUCUCCAGGGGCCAAGCCUAACAUCUGUGAUGGGAACUUCAACACUGUGGCCCUGUUCAGGGGGGAGAUGUUCGUAUUUAAGGAUCGCUGGUUCUGGAGGCUGCGUAACAACAGGCUGCAGGAAGGCUAUCCCAUGCAGAUCGAGCAGUUCUGGAAAGGGCUUCCUGCCAGGAUCGACGCUGCCUACGAGAGGUCCGAUGGAAAGUUUGUGUUCUUCAAAGGUGACAAAUACUGGGUGUUCAAGGAAGUGACCGUGGAGCCGGGGUACCCCCACAGCCUGGUGGAGCUGGGCAGCUGUUUGCCGCGCGAGGGAAUCGACACGGCCCUGCGCUGGGAGCCUGUGGGCAAGACCUACUUCUUCAAGGGGGACAGGUACUGGAGAUACAAUGAGGAGAAGAGGGCUGCCGACCCUGGCUACCCCAAACCAAUCACUGUGUGGAAAGGCAUACCGGAGGCACCCCAGGGAGCAUUCGUCAGCAAGGAGGGCUUUUACACCUUCUUCUACAAAGGGAAAGAAUACUGGAAGUUCGACAAUCAGAAGCUGAACGUAGAGUCGGGAUACCCACGCUCCAUACUCAAGGACUGGAUGGGCUGCGACCAGUCAAUGGUGGAGAAGAACAAGGACCGCCACCUCCCGCACGACGACGUGGACAUCAUGGUGACCAUCAACGACGUUCCCAGCACGGUCAACGCCAUCGCUGUGGUGAUCCCCUGCAUCCUGUCUCUCUGCAUCCUGGUCCUGGUCUACACCAUCUUCCAGUUCAAGAACAAAGGCGUGCAGCAGCAGCACGUAACUUACUACAAGAGGCCCGUGCAGGAGUGGGUAUGACAGACUCACCAGGGGUGCACCCAUUUUCUUUUGUAGACGAGGACUGAAGCUGAACUGGACGCCAUCCUUUGAAAAUGCCCCUACCACCUUACCAACAGAGGAGGGGAGGGGGGGAGAGGGAGGGGAGGACCUAAUGAGAUACCCUGGACCGAUGAAUCACGGGGAAUUCACUGUGCUUCUGAUACUGAGCAUGAGCAGAAACACAAAGCAGGGGCGGGGCUGACUUGGGCAAGCUCAGCAGCCUCCCAGCCCUGCUGCUUCACUCUUUUCUGGGGCGCGCCAUUCUGCGUCGGCUCACGCUGUCCACUUUUCCGACACCUUCUGUUGGACCUUCUGAAAGGAAGAAGUGAGGAGCGCUCCUCUGAGUGUUCGCAAGACUCGCUACAAUCAUUUCUCUGCGGACCUCUCUCAUUUCUGUCUCUCAGACGUCAACUUGGAAAUGGAUUAUAAACAAUGUUUUUUUAAAAAAAAAAUGAAACAGUUAAAAAAAACAGAAACAGUAGGUAGAAAGGGAAGAGGAACCCAAGGGAUUUGCCAGGGGGCAUUGAAGCUUCCCAUACAGUUUGUAAAUGGAUCAUAAAAGGGAAAUGCAGUUUUCUAUGAACUGUGAUGGCUCAUGGACUGUUUCAGCCAUGACUUUGUUUUUAAGUUCAGUAACCAGGACUCUUAUAAGGCUUGAAUAAACUGUAGCUUGCUAGCUUCGAGAGCUAGUGACCUUGUCAGAAACAGCUGGUUAUUGAAUUGAAUGGGGGUGGGAGGUAGGGGGGUAGGAUUUUUUGUAUUAGUGUGGGUGGUACAGCAGUUAGUAUCACUUGCCAGUAGCCGAAGGCUUUUGUUAGGAGCCCUGAUCAACGUGCUCCAUUCUGAAUUCCUAUAGGGAUAAAUACCAUUAAGUAUUUAUUAACAGAAAUGAGUGGGGCCAUAAGAACUACUAUAUUAAAGCAGUCUUAAACCCCCCCCCCCCCCUUUUUUUUUUUUUUUUAAAUAACUUUUGUCUAUAAAUGUUUCCAUUACUUUGUAUCAGGAAAAAAACAUCAGUUCUACAGCACAGCAGGAAAGUGAUUUAGUUCAGUGAUUUAGAUGAACUGCUCAUUGUCUUUUUGAGGUAUCAGAGAGGAAGAUCGCUGAACGCUGAAAUCACUGCGGAGUGUUGCUGGAGCUGAUAACGGCUUGCUAGCGUUCCCUGACUGAGACUUGAGGUUGAGGAUAAAAAAAGAACAAGGCUGAUUUAAACAAUGACAUAAAGACUCAGAGGUUUAUAGCUUACAAGGCCUUGGUAAUGCAAAAGGUAUAGAGAGCAGUCCAGAGCUCCUGUAAAGACUGUUAUCAGUAACCUCCAGCACAGGCCGCAGUAAUUGAACGAUUUUCAUUAAACCCAAAGCUAUUGAAGGAGAGCUUGAGCUGAACCUGGUCCUUUAAACAGAGCUGCAUGCGUUCAAGCAUUUCCUGAGAGAACCUGCAGACCCCUCAGUGGAGAUAGGGAAAGCUGAGAUUGUAUCAUGUGACCCGGGAGGGGAGGUGGAGAUAGAGAAAGCUGGGAUUGUAUCAUGUGACCUGGGAGGGGAGGUGGAGAUAGGGAAAGCUGAGAUUGUAUCAUGUGACCUGGGAGGGGAGGUGGAGAUAGGGAAAGCUGGGAUUGUAUCAUGUGACCCGGGAGGGGAGGUGGAGAUAGGGAAAGCUGGGAUUGUAUCAUGUGACCUGGGAGGGGAGGUGGAGAUAGGGAAAGCUGGGAUUGUAUCAUGUGACCCAGGAGGGGAGAUGGAGAUAGGGAAAGCUGGUAUUGUAUCAUGUGACCUGGGAGGGGAGGUGGAGAUAGGGAAAGCUGGGGCCGUAUCAUGUGACCCGGGAGGGGAGGUGGAGAUAGGGAAAGCUGGGAUUGUAUCAUGUGACCUGGGAGGGGAGGUGGAGAUAGGGAAAGCUGGGAUUGUAUCAUGUGACCCAGGAGGGGAGGUGGAGAUAGGGAAAGCUGGGAUUGUAUCAUGUGACCUGGGAGGGGAGGUGGAGAUAGGGAAAGCUGGGACUGUAUCAUGUGACCCGGGAGGGGAGGUGGAGAUAGGGAAAGCUGGGAUUGUAUCGUGUGACCUGGGAGGGGAAGUGGAGAUAGGGAAAGCUGGGAUUGUAUCAUGUGACCUGGGAGGGGAAGUUUGUUAGUAAAGCACAGAAGCCGGUACAGAUCAUUUAGUUUCCAUUAAGACAUGCGUUGGUAUAAUUGUGUCUCAUUUAGCGUAGACCUCGAUUUAACUCUCCGGACACACUCUGUUUGCAGUGUUUUUAAACUCGUCGCUGUUAAGACAAGGGAUAUGGGUUUUGUUAACGUUGGUGCGAAACUGAUCAGUUCAGAAGUCAUUGGUUUUCCAACCCUAUUGUGUAUUGGGCCUCUCCCUCUGGUUGCAUUCAUGUCAUUAUUAAAACAUUUAGGUGCACCCGAAUGCAGUAUUAAUGUAGAUCAGUAGCAUCCUUUGAUUGACGUGUUUAUUGCACAGCUGUCAGAAAACAGACCUGUUGCCAUCAGUGCCAUUAGUAGCACCAGAACUCCAGUGUGGAGUGCAGAGCAGCACUGCUCUUUCAUAAUAGCACUACAGCUGUGCUUCUGGAAUCGUAGCUGUGUUGGAUAGCCAGUUAACCCUAUUACAAGCGGGAAAUGUCUCAAAGACAGGGUUGACAUUGCAGGUGCUCCGUGACUUGUUGCCAUUCAGUGCUGAUUGCUUCUCUGAGAAGUUUCCUGCCCUCCUCCAAUCAUAGCCUUGGUACAGACUACUUCCCCCUGAGGAAAAUGAUUUUAAUGGGAACCGUGGGAGUGAUUCUAGCAAGUGUUUACCUGAAGCUGGUUACAUGGAGAGUGUUUCCUUUUAACAGCUGGAAUCUGUUGUCUGGCAUUUUAAGAUGUGCUUGUUCAUGCUGAAUUAUUAACCCCACUAUGAAUGGUUGGUUUGAAAGCAUGCUGUAGCACAAACAGCGUGUGCUGAUGCUGCCUAACCAAGAGGACAUCCCUGCAGGCGAGAUGGAGCCUCGACAGGAUGCUCCUGUGUAUAGGAAGGAUGUGAAGUAGCUAGCUGGGUAACGCAGCAGAAAAUCAUUUUGAACUGCCUUUUGUUUUCCAUGUGUCAGAGGCACAGCCUUGCCACAAAACGUUUCCACGUGCUUUUGGAAUUCACCAAGAGGCUUCUUUCAUCUCUGUGGAAGGAAAUGAAAUGCAAAUGCAAAGAGGGGGUCGAGCUUUACCCCUGUUUGUGAUUGCGAGUAUUUUCAAAGCCAAGACAAAAGGGAAUGUAGCAGAGGAAAAAUGACAAUGGUAUUGGUGUUUGUGAGUUCUGCUGCUCCAAUACUGAGAUUUCUUCAUUUCCAGCUACAGUUGUUUUGUAAGCUCUUUUCUGAAGUGGCUGGUCUGGCCAUGUCUGUGCCGCCUCACUCCACACAGAGCCGUUGUUCUGCUUCUGUUUUGUGAUAGGUGCAGAAGCAGGAGGAGGUGGAGGAUGGGCUCAGCUCUGCUGACAAGUCACAACAAUGUGUAAGAGCAAGCUCAAAGCCAGCUACAGUGAAAA